AUGGCCAUUGUGGGUGUGGGUCAGGCCCCCGCCUCCCACACCCACACCACUGCAUGCCAUGGUCGCCUUGCGUCACAUGAGCCAAGCCUGGGGGGACAGGAGGCCACCAGGACUGGCUGUCCCUCAGUGGACGCCCAGCAGGCCCACCUCACCCCACCCACCUGGGUCUCCAAGGGACCCAGUUCCCUGUCGGAAGAGAGCCCUUCGGAGCUCGGCAUCAUCCAGAGGAAAAGUUAUACCCGCAGGAGGUGCGAGGUGGACAGUGAAGCCCCUCCUGGUCCCAGGCAGCCCAUCGGCCAGCUUGAGGACACCCCCACUGACCACAUGCCCACCCACGUGGCCCUCACCACCUGCACUCACCUUGACCAACCCUGGCAGCUGGGGUGCCGAGCGGGACGCAGGAACAUUCAUCAGAGCAGCCCGCCCCGCCUGGCUCACUUCACCACCACCACCUGCCAGUUGGGAAUGCGCCCAGCUGCCAGCGUGGCUGCCCGCCACUGUCUACCCUCCCUGCUGGCCGCUGCGGGAGAGGAGGCUGGUGGGAGUUCACAGAAGGAAGGGGAGCAGAUGGCCCUGGAGGAGUGGAGCCUGGGGGCAGAAGAGAGGGGAAGGACGAGGGGGCCUUUUGGGGGAGGCACCUUGUCCUUCCUACGGGCCAGAUCGGUGGCCAAGCGGGAGUAUCAGGCAGGGCCACUGUCUGGCCGGUGUCCUGAGUGUCCUGAGCCUCGAGAAGCCAGUGUCACGCUGGGAGCCUGGUGCUCAGCGGCAGGAGGGGAUGCUGGCGAGUGGGCAGCCUGGGGUGUCCCAACAACAGCUCAUCAGGACCAGGGACUCCUGACCACCACCUCCAUCCUGCCACCUGCCAUGCCAGCCUCCUGCUGGGCACAUGGCCCCCACCCCCAGCUCUGGACCCUGCUGCUUCUGACCAGCUUCCUGCAUGUGCAGUGUGGAGGGUUUGGAGCUGGCCUCCUGCAGCGGGCACGACAGCUUCCUGAUGGAAGUGGAGGGACCUUUUCUGAGGUCAAUACAGGGAAACACAGAGCGACUCCCAGAAACACAGCCCAGGUGACGCGUCACAGAGCCAGCGAGGUUCCGGGCACCGGCAGACACCUGCACACCCGUCCAGGCCCCGCGCAGCGCUGGGCCAGGACCUGUGCCCCUGGUCCUCCACCGCCUCUCACUGUCUGGGGUGGCAGCGUGGGGGGCUGCCACAGGCCGAGCAUCUCUGAGAAGAAGGCCUCAGGUGGAAGCCCCCUCAGGCUGUGUGAUGAACUGAGAUGUGGGGUCGAGAAGCAGGAAGGGAAGGAGGGAAGCCAGACCACAGUGGGGGACAGGCCACUUCCUGGCACCGAGAGGCCCAGCCGUCAGCUGCCAAAGUCCUGGUGCCUACAGGCCCUCUGCACCUGGGACGACCCCACCUGCACCGACGGAGUGGUGUCGGUGUCACAGGGCGAGCGAGCAGUGCUCACCUGCAUCAUUGCCAACAGCUUCACCCACGAGACCUACAGCUCCCCCGACUCAGAAGUCAGCCUAACAAACCUCCUCCUACUCACCCCAACCCCACUACCCACAGCCGCUGCUGAUGCUUGCUUCCCAGGCUCGCCUCUUGCCUGGGACGACCCCACCUGCACCGACGGAGUGGUGUCGGUGUCACAGGGCGAGCGAGCGGUGCUCACCUGCAUCAUUGCCAACAGCUUCACCCACGUGAAUGUCUCCCAGUGCAGCAGCCAGGACAACUGCCAGCAGAUUCUCACCCUGGACUCCUCACUGGAGUCACUGCCGCAGUCCAAGUCCGUGGUCAGUGGCCCCACUGCCUUGUUCCUGCUCGCUGUCGUCAUCCUCCUGGGAUGCAUCAUCUGGUACUGGCACUGCACAAGGCCCAGAGGCAGGAAGCCCCUCCUCCUCCUCCUGACCAUCACCCCAGGCGUGGCCUGGAUGGGUGUGCAGGUGUCUGUGCUGGUGCUUCGAACCUCACUGACUCUGUGGCCCCUGAGCCGUUUCCAUGUUCCCACCUCGCUCUGCAUGUCCCCUGACACAGCCUUCUGUCCACAAAGGGCAGCAGCAGUGAGCAUGGCACCCCAGCACCCCUGGAUCCCCGUGCUCCUGGCGCUCACCCUCACCCUGCCUGGAAGCUUGGAUGCCCACGGGGUGCAGCAGUCCCCUCGCUAUGUGGUCACCUCAGAGGGCAGCUCCAUCAACAUCACUUGCUCCAGUGGCCUCUCAAAGGGGUUCCACCUGUUCCGAGAGGGGCCCCCAGAAGCCAAAGUGAUGUACUACCAGGAUGGGGUGAAAUCCACUGUGGACCAGAUGUUCCUGAGUCGUGUAACCUUCAAGGGGUCACAGCAGAAGCUGACUGUCACUAUGCACCACCUGCAGCCUGCGGACAGCGGAGUCUACAUCUGCAAGACCAUCACUGAGUACAGGGAGGAGCUGGGCUGUGGGACCCUGGUCCUGGUGACAGGCCAUGCAGACUCAAGCCCCACAGGCCAGCUGAGACCCAUCGACCUCUCUGCAGCUCUGGCCAUAGCUUGCUUCCUCCUGGGCCUGGGCCUGGGGGUGCUGUGUACACUGAGGAGGACGCAGAUCAAGACACUCUGCUGGAAGAAGGGACGACCCGAGGCUGUCGUGGUCUAUGAGGACAUGUCCUGCAACACCCUGUCCUGCCCCAACCCAUACCAGGAGCUCACGUGCACCUCGCAGAGGACAGGCCACGGGGGGACAUUCACCCAGCAAGGCCCAGGGUGCAAGGAGCUCCAGGCGCAGCUUGUGGCCAUGGGGUAG